AUGCCUCAGAACAUCCUCAUCACUGGAGCUGCUGGUUACAUAGGCGGCUCCAUCAUAGCAGACAUCCUGUCACGAAACGAAGAGACUCUGAAAAUUGCAACCAUGUUCGCGGCUGUACGAAGCCAAGAGCAGGUCGACCAGAUAUCUAAGAUCGGAGUGAAGGCCAUUCAGGUUGACCUGAAUGAUAAGUCGGCCAUUGAAGACACCAUCAUUGACAACAAGAUUGAUAUCGUUGUGCACACUGCCAGUGGUAUGCAUCCAGCGAUUACGUCCAACCUAAUCAGUGCUCUCGGAAAGCGGCGUCAGGCCAGCGGAUCUGGGACAUAUCUGAUCCAUGAUAGCGAUUCUAUCUUGGCCAAGGAGAGGGAGAUCGGAUUCGACAACCCUGUGCGAGCGGUCAACAGACUGCUUGCCGAAGAAGGCAAGAAUCAGGGUGUAGAGACUUUCAACGUUGCCGUACCUAUGACUUAUGGGCGCGGGACUGGAGAGUGCAGAAAGCUCUCAGUGAAUAACCCAGCCAUGAUCCGAACAAGCAUCAAGCUCAAGACUGUUCAUAAAUUUGACAAAGAUGGACAUUUUGGAACUGUCCACAUCUCCGAUCUCACCGACAUCUACGUACGACUCGUCAGCAAGAUCUUGAAGCAGGAGCCCAUCCAGAUCGGCCAAGAUCGCUACUUUUUCGCCAUCGCUCACAAGGCACAUUGGUGGAAGAUGAUGGAUAAGGUUGCCGAGGGUCUCUAUUCCCGUGGUCUUGUGACGGAACCCAAGGCCAAGAUUUAUGUUAGAGCUAUGACCACACAUAGCGGGCAACUUGUUCCGGAAAACGUGUACGCGUUGGGAUGGAAGCCCAAGUGGGAUUCUGAGGAAAAGUUCUUGAAUCAGAUUGAUGACGAGAUCAAGGAUGUUCAGGAGUUGGAUACUGUCAAAAUGUCUCUUUUUGACAGCCUUGUCUCAGAGCAGUCCAAGUAA